ACUACAGAGUACAAUAAUGGUGUUACUGCGUAGGAGCGACAUGGAUAUAAUCCACUCCGAUUUGCGGAUUGGUGUCUACGCGAUCGGAUUUUCCAAUACCGGAAUGGUCAAUGAUAAAAAAGAAGCGGCGUCAGGGAUAAUUCAUGAGUCGCUUAUCCGCAACGGAAAUACGAAGCGAGAGACUUCACAAUCGAUCGCUGAUAAAAAUAUUUUUCAUUCCAAGGAGCUAUGCGUAUCGGAUUCUGAUUUGAAUUUGAUACAAGAUUUGCCUACCUUCGGCGACGGUAUACUCGCAGAGUCAAAUUAUUACAGCCAGUCGGCCGGAGAGCAUAAGAAAAACAAAUUAAACGACGUAUGCGUUAGCCCGGUGUCAGAGGUAUCGACGAAGAGCGAAGAAAAAUCUAUAAACAAUAACGAUAUAGAAACGGUGGUAGUAUCAAGCGACAUACGGGAACUGAGCUCGGGCAUAAAGCAAGAGAGAGACUAUUUCAAUUUAAACUUGUCAAAUGUGGAUAGCCUGCAUGAGAAUUCGUGCAGAAAUUUGUUGAGAUUAUUGAAAAAAGGUAGUAGAAAAACAUCAUCGAACAAGGAGAUAACGAAAAAAAAGGCAUUAAAAAAGAAGAUGAAAGAAGAAAAAAAUAGUUUGGGGCGUGGAUUAUUGCAUCAACUAUUGCGAAAAGAAGCCGAUCUUAUGAGAGAAAAGAGUAAAAAAUUGUACGAGGGCGAAAGCGUCGAGGAGAGGAACGAGAGUUUGGCGAAAGAAGCGGUUAAACGUCGUGAAUCGCGAACGUACUACGAGACUCCGGAAAAACGUAGGAAACGAUUGGACAACGAGGCCGUGAGAAAACGGGAACGCAGGAUGUAUAACGAGACACCGGACGAGAGGAGGAAACGUCUUGAUCGCGAAGCCAAACGUCGUCGUUUAAAACGUUCGAACACAUAUGAGAACGAAACACUGGAAGAAAGACGAGAACGCCUGAAUCGCGAAUCCACCAAAAGACGAGAAUCAAGAAAGAAUCAAUACGCCAACGAGACCGAUAAAGAGAGAGAAUUGAGAUUAGAAAAAGAUGCGAUAAGAGCGAGAGAAAUGAGAUUCACCAGAUCAGCUAUCGAGAGUAACGAAGAACGUCGCAAGAGAUUGGUGAAAGAUGCUCUCAGAAAGCGGGAAUUGAGGAUGCAUAGCGGCGAUGACCGAAUGAACAAUGAAUCUCAAAUAGGGUAUUCGAAGAAAUUGGAAGACAAUUCUUUCGAAGUCUCACCGCUCCCAAGAUGGUCAUGCCUAUCUUUCGAUUUGACAUUUCCAUCGAAUAAAAGUAGCUUCUUACGAGUGUUGGAAUCGUCGAUAACGCCCAACGAAGCUUUGCGCUUGCUCAAUUCAAGCAAUUCUUGGAGUCUUGUCGUCGUCGCAACUCCUCCGCGUAUCGUCAAAUUUCUUGACGAUUCUCCUUGCACGGAAUUUUCAUCGCAAGAACACCCACUUGGGUGUUGUUACGCGCAUGCGAUGAUGAUAUGAUGCGUAUGUAUGAGGAUGAGGCGGGCGGGCGGGCGGCGGCAGGAGCGGAAGAAGAAGAGCGAUUCAUUCGGGGAUAAUAUAAUAAUGCUGUUGGAUCGCAACUGUUUUAUCAUAAUAAUAUAAUAUCGCCUUUCCCGUGUAUAUUUUUUUUUUCUUUCACCGGUGUAUGAUUUAUUCCAUAUCGGCGAAGCGCAUAGAAGAUUGAGAAGCAGAUUUAUUAUAAAGCAAAUUAUAGAUAAUGAAUAUUUAUGUCUCACUUUCAUGAAAUUAAGUAAAAAAAGAGAAUAAGAAACAUCUAGUAUGAUAAAAGUGUAAAAGGGUCGAUCGCGCGCGAUCACGAGCAUCAUUGUAUACAUAUUGGUGGAAUAAAUUGUGUAAUAAGAA